CUUUCGAUUUGAGAAGUCAUGGAACUUCCACAAGACUAAAAAUAGCCGGACGACGUCCUCUGUCUGAGCGCAGUCUCGUCUUCUUGUCUUCAGGCUUUAGGGAGAAAGACUAUCUCGUCUUAGUUUAUUUCUAGUCUAUGCUGCCUAAAAAUAGAUCUUCACAAUCAGGAUAUCAGAUGAUCCUGCGAAUGCUUCCCUCGGCGAGUUCAGUUGGGUUUGGGAUACUUGAACGAGCGACAUACGAAAUGUUCUUCCCGAGGCUUGGUAUUUCGUCUAUCAAAGAUACUCAACAAAACGCAGUUAAAAGUCCUGUAUUGGCUAUUAUUGCGCUUAUUACGAUAGGAGGAUCGAUGUGCUUUGUCGCCGGAGGCUUAUUCCUUUUCAGUGCCAUAUCGUCGCAGCAAAGUGAAAAGUACUGUUCGGGAUUCCUGAUAAUUUUCAUUGGAAUUGUUUUGUUAAUGACAUGUUACUUCGCAUGGGUUUUAACGAGCCAUCGAUUCACUAAUUGGAUGUCAGAGAGUACAAGUGAAAGCAACUCUCAAAGUGCUGCAAAUGAUGUACAUGAUGGAAGCCCUCCCAGCUAUGACGAAGUUGUUAGAGAGAUGUAAACGGUCCGGUUCGGAUUUACCCCCGAAGCAUUGAUUCUACUUUUGUAUGCAAAUAUGAUACCAAAGAAACUAUUAAAACCAAAUUUAUUCGAAAUAUA